GGAAGCCAGUGCGGGGAUUGACCUCUGCGUGUUUGUUCUUCCUUGGCAGGUUGAUGACGCCUGGGAGUGAAAUUCGGUUUGUCCAUAAGCACAUGGGCCUGGUGCCGGGCUGGGGAGGAGCUGCCCGGCUGGUGCAGAUCGUGGGCGGCAGGGCUGCCCUCCGGCUGCUGAGCGGGGCUGCCAGGGUGGACCCCGACAGCGCUCUGCGCCUCAGGCUCUCGGAGGAGACUUUGUCGUCUUCAGAUGAAACCGGAGCAUUAGAAGAAGCCCGAGCCUGGCUGGGUCAGUACACAGAGGGUCCAGCCAGUGUGGUUCGGGCUGCAAAAAAGGUGGUGACAGCGGGAAGAGAGCUACCCAUGGAAGCUGCCCUAAGGGCAGAGAAGGACGUUUUCGGAACUGUAUGGGGUGGACCUGCCAAUUUGCAGGCAUUGGUUAGAAGACCAAAACAUAAAUGAAGGUCGAUGCAUAAGAAAUCUUCUUGACCUUUUUGCAAACAAAGCUUUCACUAAAGCAGGCAUUAAACUGAAUCAUUUAAGGACUUGUUCAUUUAAACUGGCAUUAACAUUCCUGUUGCUCACGUCAGGCAGACAUAUUUGGUGUGCAACCACAGAGAAAUCCCCGGCAGAUUCUUUCCUGUCCUAAUCACCCACUGAAUGGAGAUUAGUGAAAUUAGUAUGUAAAGGUAAAUACUGUGCUGAGAAUAGAACUAUAAUUCUUUUGGAAUGAGGCUGAAGAUUAUUUUCUUUGGAGUUAAUUUUGGUUUUCUAACUGGUAUGGAAAUUAAUUGCUUGAAAGAUAGGAGGUUUAUUUAUUUGCAGAACAGUUGCAUCUAGAGCUGCAAACUAUGAGUUCCCCAACAUGAGACCAGUGUCUUCAAGCAGCUUUGAAGGGAUGAUAACUGGUGAGAUCAUAUUUUUUAUUUUUUCAUCUUCAGUCAGUUCUUUGUGUAAUUGCUGAGAAAGUAUCCAAGGUUACUUCAAUUUUCAUGGUGAUUUUUACAGGAGAAGCUCUAACUUACUGAGGAGCUUAUAGCCCUCAUUCACUGACACCGAUUCAGGUCUCUAAAUACAUGUAUGCAUCUUCUCACUGCUCAAGGAACCAACUACCUACAUUCGCACCUGCACAUUCCCAUAGCCUGGACCUGUGCAUGUGCGAACCUGCUGACCUGAUUUUUCACACAGGAUCUAGCCGAAAUCUUGGAAGGCCAUGACGUGUCAUGCCCCCAGGUGGGAUGUUCUUGACUGACUGGGUGGUCUUAGUACUUCAGCGUUCUGGAAAGACUUGUGUGUGUGGAUCUCUCUUCGUCUGUCUGCAUUUGGAACUCGGUCUCCAUGCUGGUGACUGUGCAAGUGAUAGGUAAUUCAGGGGUGAGGGUUUUCCCUUUAGAAAUUAGCAACGAUAGAGUCCCUGCUUUGGCAGAUGAUUCUCAAAAUGAAACAUCUGUGGGAACAAAAACAUGCAGGCAUAUCCGUGACUUGCGAGUGGGUGCUCUGCUUCGCUGGGGCUGUUUUACUCCAUGGCUGUCACAGCAGGGAGUGUGUAUAGCCUGAAGCAACCAAAAGAAAUGCUGAAGAAAGGGAUGCAUUGAGAGCUGGCACCCCAGGGAGGAUAAGGAAUUUCCUCUGCCCCGUGGAUCCUGCCUGUUUGCCCUCACACCAGAAGCUGCUGCUGGAAGAAAAUUUCAAAUCUCUCUUCCCCAAAAAUAAAGUUCAAUUUUUAUUUCCAGGUUAGAGAAGAGACAGGAAUGGGAACAUGGGCAGAGAGCAGUGAUCUGGUUUGGCCCUCUUUCCCCCACGCCCCCACCCUUUUUUAUCCAAUAGCUCAGGCAUUAGUCCCUGGUGCAGCUGGAUUCUUUCCUGUGCUCUAAAGAACUUCAAACCCACGACUUCUGAAGUACGGGUGUUUUCAUACACUCAGGCAGUACUUGACUCUUUAGCAAUGAAGCUGUUCUGCUUUUUGUGAAGUUCCUCAAGAUUCGUGAGAGAUUCCAGACUUGCCAACAUCACCGACCCUUCAGAGCACACUCCAGCCCAUACUCAUCCAGCUUUUUGAAGC